GGCCCCUGCGGGAGCUGCUGGACCUUUUCCACCACGGGAUGUCUGGAGUCUGCUAUUGCUAUUGCGACAGGAAAGCUCCUCUCUCUGGCUGAACAACAGUUAGUUGAUUGUGCUCAAGCUUUUAACAACCAUGGCUGCAGUGGGGGGCUGCCCAGCCAAGCCUUCGAAUACAUCUUGUACAACAAAGGGCUGAUGGGGGAGGACUCGUACCCGUACCGAGCCCAGAACGGCACGUGCAAGUUCCAGCCGGAGAAGGCUGUUGCGUUUGUCAAGGACGUGAUCAAUAUCACGCAGUACGACGAGGACGGCAUGGUGGAGGCGGUGGGGAAGCACAACCCGGUGAGCUUUGCCUUUGAGGUGACGGGCAACUUCAUGCACUACAGGAAAGGAGUCUAUUCCAACCCGCACUGUGACCACACUCCUGACAAGGUGAACCACGCUGUCCUCGCCGUGGGGUAUGGAGAAGAAAACGGGACUCCGUACUGGAUUGUGAAGAACUCCUGGGGCCCGCUCUGGGGCAUGGACGGGUACUUUCUCAUUGAACGUGGGAAGAAUAUGUGUGGUCUCGCUGCUUGUGCAUCUUACCCAGUCCCUCAGGUGUAAGAGGAGAGCGCAGGCUGGGGAAAGCGGGCACAGGAAAAGGAAC